UUGUACACAGUUAGCUGUAGAGGGUUUUUUUUUCUGCGGGUGCGGUCGUAUCUAAUGUGAGCGAUAGAUAGUGGGUGUGAACCUCAGACUAGCUACCGUUAGCAUGAAGCCGGUUUACGGACGCACGUCGUAGCCGUUGGAGAGCUCACGUUAUCUGUAAAUGUCAUGUUGUGGCACCGCUUCGCACCGUCAGCCAUGCCUGUAACAUCACAGCUGCUCAGGGGUUUGCCUCGUGCCAAGGUCCUGGCCUCUGGUUUGUUACCAUGCCAACAACACCAGUCCCACUUAGGACCCAUCAUUCACCGACCUGCCUCAAAGCGGCCGUCCCAUAUGUGGCAGAGUCACCAACACUCAAGAUGUUACCAGACAACCUCAGUGCUCCACAGCUACAUCCUCAGUCCGCCGCAGGUCAACUCCAUUCUGAAAGCCAACGAGUACAGCUUCAAGGUGCCAGAGUUCGAUGGGAAGAAUGUGUCAUCGGUGAUGGGUUUUGAGAGUAAUCAGCUGCCAGCCAACGCUCCUAUAGAAGACCGUCGCAGUGCCGCCACAUGCCUGCAGACACGAGGAAUGCUGCUGGGUGUGUUUGAUGGCCAUGCUGGCUGUGCCUGUGCUCAGGCGCUGAGUGAGAGGCUUUUUUACUACAUAGCGGUGUCGCUGCUGCCCCACGACACACUGUGUGAGCUGGAGGCCGCGGUGGAGGCUGGCAGGGCCCUCAGUCCCAUCCUGCAGUGGCACAAACACCCCAAUGACUACUUCAGCAGGGAGGCUCAGACUCUCUACUUCAACAGCCUCCGAACCUACUGGCAAGAGUUAAUAGAUCUCACCAGCCCAGGAGAAGUUCCAGACACACGGGAGGCGUUGAUGAAUGCCUUCAAAAGGCUGGACAAUGACAUUUCUCUGGAGGCUCAGGUUGGAGACCCAAAUGCUUUCCUGCACUACUGGGUUCUGAGAGUGGCCUUUUCUGGAGCAACGGCGUGUGUGGCUCACAUCGAUGGACAAGACCUGUUUAUAGCCAAUUCAGGUGAUGCUCGGGCUAUUUUGGGAGUGCAGGAGGAGGACGGUUCAUUCAGUUGUCACACACUCUCUAAUGACCACAGCGCUCAGAACGAGGAUGAGAUUGCUCGGAUACGGGGUGAACACCCUCCGUCAGAGAGGAAAACAGUUAUACGACAGGACCGGCUGCUUGGCCUCCUCAUGCCGUUCCGUGCGUUUGGGGAUGUGAAGUUCAAGUGGAGCAUUGAGCUGCAGAAGCGAGUGCUGGAGUCUGGACCUGAUCAGCUCCAUGAAAAUGAACACACGAAGUUUAUACCCCCAAACUACCACACUCCCCCCUACCUGACGGCUGAGCCUGAGAUCACGUACCACAAACUGCGGCCACAGGAUCGCUUCAUGGUGAUUGCUUCUGACGGCCUCUGGGAGACCCUCCACAGACAGGAAGUGGUUCGUAUUGUUGGGGAAUAUUUAACAGGGGUGCACCAGCAUCAGCCGCUCACAGUUGGAGGCUACAGGGUUACCCUGGGACAGAUGCAGGGGCUGCUGCAAGAGAGGAAAGCUCGUGCAUCUUCGGCUUUCGAGGAUCAGAACUCGGCGACCCACCUGAUGCGCCAUGCGGUGGGAAACAACGAGUUCGGCACAGUGGACCACGAGAGGCUUUCUAAAAUGCUGUCACUACCGGAGGAGCUCGCUCGCAUGUACCGCGAUGACAUCACCAUUAUCGUCGCUCCAUUCAACCCUCACGUGAUAGGAGCACAGAGACAGGAAGGGCAGUCCUGAGCUGUGCGAAAGCUGUUCACCGGUGUCAUACUGAGGAGUACGCUACCAACAAGCACACUCUGCGGAUAAACAAUCCAUAUUAAGAAAAUCUGUCCACAUGUGUCCAGCGGUCGGGAUGAAUUUGUUUUAACACUAUUUAAGUAAAGAAUUUCUAUUUGUAUGCAGUGCAAGAGAAGAUCCGGUCUCAUAUGAAGUUAAAAAUCUCUGUUGAAGUCUGGGUCAAAGUCUCCUUCAUAACAUGUUAUUUAUGCUGCCAAUAUCCUUGUGCAACUGUUUCAUACACACCUCACCAUGUGGCCGACAAGAUGCUGUUACAAACGGAUUUUUGUGCCAAAAGAUUUAACCUCCACGUCUGCUGAAGGACUCGGGGUGGAAGUUGUUGAUAGAAAUUCCAAAGAGGGUGAAUACCCCUACCCCCCACAACGUGCCCCAAGAUAAAUCUGAGGCGUCAUGAGAUGAUUGUAGGGAUAAAGAAAGAAGACGGAUACACCUGUUACACGAAAUUCUAUUUAUUUUUCUGAUUUUAAUUCAAUUCUGGAUACUUUUGUCUCUUCAGGCCUUUAAAAAUCCUUCACCUGAAACCAUCAGAGAAGGAAUGUGGUUCAACUACUCAUUCAACAAGCCAUUUUAAAAGGAUCACAAGCCAAAAAGGUUGGCAACCACUGUCACAGUAAUUGCUUUUCAUUUCAAAUCCAAUGCGCUGGAGGACAGAGCAAAAACAAAACUGUCCGAAUAUUUAACGACGGCACUGUAUUUUUAACAGGUCUUUUACUAUGCACCACUACAGGUUGAAUGACACAUACCUGGCUUCUCUCUCAUGUAAUGAUAAAGUGAAUUGUUCCAUUUCCUGUACAAGACUACUUUGGUUAGAGCGACGGUGGUGGAUUCAAAGUCUGCAAGUGAAUCUCUAAGCAAACACACUAACUAAACGCAUGUCGCCAUCAUGACAUUAGAGUUUGGUGGUUCUUUUCAGAGGCUUGUGGGUUUAAAGGGACGCAUUUUAAAACUUGUCAUCUUCUGUUCUUUGUGGCAGGUUAUUAGCUGUGUGGUUAGCAGUUCAGGUUGUUACUUUCUGUGAUGGUGAAAGCAGGAGCAGACCACUCUACUGAGACUCUUCCAGUAAAACACUAAUCACAGGGUCGCGGCUGUGCGUUUGCUGUAUUUUAACUCACACAAAUGAGCAGAAUGUAAAUUUGAAAGAAGCUGUUUUUGAGUAUUAACAAUUAUUUAUUCAGCUUUAGCAUUAUGUUACACGUCUUAAUCUACAGUUGUAUGUAUAAAUUGUAACUUAUGUGGGUUAAGUUUUGUAUAUGGAAUGGUUUAAUAAAACUAUACACACCG